AUGGCCCGGCUGCAGCCAGCGGGGAGCCGGCGGCUCGCUCCCUUGCCCCGCCGGUCGCCCAGACUCGCUCCGCUGCUGCUGCCGCUGCUGCUGGCGCUGCCCGACGGGGCGAGGGCGGACUGCCCGUGCCAGGUCCCAGCGCUGUGCCGUCCCAUCACCCACCGCCCCGACUUCGAGGUGUUUGUAUUUGAUGUUGGACAUAAAACUUGGAAAUAUUAUGACUGGUCACAGAUUACAACUGUGGUACUUUUUUCAAAUUAUGACCCAGAACUUAUGUGCCAUGCUCAUGCAAAAGGAGCCAGAGUAGUGUUAAAAGGAGAUGUAUCUGUAAAGGAUAUCAUUAAUGCUACUUUCAGAGCAUCCUGGAUAGCUCAACAAGUUAAGCUGGCCAAAACACAAUAUAUGGAUGGAAUUAAUCUAGACAUAGAACAAGAUGUUGCUCAUUUAUCACCUGAAUAUUAUGCAUUAACUGCUUUAGUCAAAGAAACCACAGACUCUUUCCAUCAUGAAAUUGAAGGAUCACAGGUAACCUUUGAUGUACCUUGGGGUCCAAACUGCGUAGGUGCAAGGUGCUAUAACUAUACCGGAAUUGCAGAUGCCUGUGACUUUCUCUUUGUGAUGUCUUACGACGAACGAAGUCUGGCCUGGUCACGAUGUAUUGCAGGAGCCAAUUCUCCCUAUAUUCAGACAUUAACUGGAUAUGAUGAAUUCAUCAAGAUUGGAAUUAACCCUAAGAAACUUGUAAUGGGUAUUCCCUGGUAUGGUUAUGAUUAUACCUGCCAAAAUCUAUCACUGGAUCAUGUUUGUACCACUGCAAAAUACCCUUGUAGCGAAGCUGUACAUCAUCAAGUGGCUUAUCAGACAAUUAUGAAGCAAGUAAAUAGUUCUACUUCUGGAAGGCUGUGGGAUAAAAAUCAGCAGUCUCCUUAUUAUCACUAUAAAGAUCAGGCUGGCCAUCCCCAUCAAGUGUGGUAUGACGACCCUCAGAGCAUUUCUCUAAAGGCAUCAUAUGUACAAAAACGUGGCUUACUCGGCAUUGGCAUGUGGCAUGCAGACUGCCUUGACUACUCCGGAGAUGCUGUAGCAAAACAGCAAACUGAAGAAAUGUGGAAAGCCUUAAAACCAAAGUUGUGA